GAUCCAGCAUGCAGUUUGGCUGAGCUGAACCGAAGCCUCCCUAUAUAAGCGCACCGGCACCGCGCUGCAACCACAGAUCGCACGACGCACAGAGACGAACGCGCAAGCAUGGCCGCCACCAUGAAGCUGUCACUCACCUUCGUCCUCCUCCUCUCCGCGCUGGUGGUGUUCGGGGACGCGCAGGCGACCUGCGACAACAUCCGGUGCAUCCAGGGAGGGUACAUCACCUGCAAGAACUACCCCGGCCAGAAGCUCGACGGGUGCGCCUGCGUGUGCGCGCCCGAGGACGGCAAGGGCUGCGUGCUCCACCUCGACAGCGGCUCCACCAACAAAUGCACCAAGUACUGAACCGGAUUACACGCGUUCGUCAUUUUCAUCUCUGCUCUCGUGUUUGAGUUCGAGCUAAAUAAAGCUGCACGUGUGUCGUACGUACAUGGAGUAAAUAACGAAUGGAAUGUAAGUUUGUGUCGUGGAAUGAAAUGGAAUGCAAUCCGUUGAUCAA